AUGGCAGAUACUUCAGACUCCGCAGCCGAAGAAAAGGGGACGUCAAAUGAUGUUGAACGGCUCGAUACCCAGGCUUCCUUCGAGCCCCCUCCGAUGCGGCCCUGGCAGCGACGAUUGAUCGUCCUAUCACUCUGCUUGUCCUUAUUCUUGGGUGCACUUGACAUCACCAUCAUUUCGACUGCCCUCCCGAGCAUCGCAGCACAUCUUCAUGUGACGUCUCGGGAAUACGCUUGGAUUGGAAGUGGUUAUACCCUGGCAACAACCGCGUCCACUCCAGUCUGGGUCAAGCUUUCCGACAUCUUUGGGAGGAAGCCAACUAUCAUGGCUGCAGUUACCAUCUUCAUGGUAGGCAGUCUUGUUAGCGCGUUGGCAAGUUCUAGCACUUCACUGCUCGCGGGGAGAGUAGUGCAAGGGCUAGGUGGUGGAGGAUCGAUAGUCCUUGUGACUGUUAUCAUUGGUGAUAUUUUUGCUCUCGCCGAUCGUGCCAAAUACUACGGUAUUACUGGAAUUGCUUUUGCGGUAGCGAGUGCUAUCGGGCCGGUGUUGGGUGGUGCAUUUACUGAUGGAAUUGGAUGGAGAUGGUGCUUCUAUAUCAAUCUCCCUUUUGAUGGGAUAGUUCUAGUGCUCCUCUACUUCAAUCUCAAUCUCAACAUUGAGAAAGAGUCACUGACUGAUGGAUUAUACAGUAUAGACUGGAUGGGGUUCCUUCUGAUCAUCGGAGGGACAAUUUGCUUCCUUUACGGGCUCGAGGUUGGUUCGAGUGGGCUCAUGGCAUGGCGUUCUGCCACAGUCAUUGUCCUAAUCAUUUUUGGUGUUCUUAUAAUGGCUUUAUUCAUGAUCUGGGAGGCCAAAUUCGCCAAAAGCCCACUGAUUCCGGUUCGGAAUUUCCAGAAACGAACAUCUCUCGCCUCAUUUACCGUCGCAUGUCUUCAUUCUUUCGUGUUCAUCUCGUUUGACUUCUUUUUACCCUUGUACUACCAAGUGGUUCUUGGGUUCAGGCCACUCAUAUCCGGAGUCACCCUUUUUGCCCUGAUCAUCCCCAUGUCAUGCGCAACGUUCUGCGGUGGUUUCUUCGUCAGAAAGACAGGGAACUAUCUGGCUAUGAUAUUCACAGGAACAAGCCUGUUGACCCUUGGCACGGGCCUUUUCAUCAACUUCGGCACCAGGAUCUCGUGGCCUAGGAUCAUCGUCUUUGAAGUCGUUGCUGGUAUAGGAGCCGGCCUGCUUUUCCAAAGCCCUAUGAUUGCAUUACAGAGUCAUCUACGACAGGGGGAUAUCGCUGCAGCAAUGUCGGCGUUUGCCUUUCUUCGAAAUUUGAGUACUUCAAUUUCGAUCGUAAUAGGGACAGUACUGAUCCAACAGACUAUUGGAAGUGGCAGUUUGACUACUGUGAUAGACCACGGGAGUUCAGGCGCUGCGAGUAGAAAACAGUAUGUCUUGGGAUUGCGAAAUAUGUGGAUCUUUUACACUUGUACGGCCUCUGUCACCAUUUUUGCCACUUUUUUCAUCAAGUCGAAAAUAGUGAAGGCAUAA